GAAUAUUGCAGUUGAUGAACGUCGACGUCGAUCCAUGCGAGGAUUUCUAUGAAUAUUCUUGCGGAGGAUAUGCUAAAUCUAUUGAUGUCCCAUCUAGCUUGAGCAUAUUCAAUCCCAGUGUGGAAACUCGUCUCAAUAUUAUAUUCGACAUCAAAAAAGUCAUGGAAAGUCCAUCAGACAGAAACGAUAGUCAAACUACAAGAAAAAUGAAGGAAUUAUAUCGUUUUUGUAUGAAUUCAGAACAAAGAAACAUUCAACAAAAGCUAUCAUUAGAAAGGUGGUUUUCUGAAAUAGAGUUAAAACUAGAUGGCUUUCACACUGAAUAUGAAAUUGAAUCAGCAACGCAUAUAUCUUGGAAGACACUCGUUUCAAGGUUAGAAGAAUAUCAGAUUCAUACCAUAGUGAAACCUCGUUUCAAAAGUUCAGCGAAUACUCCAAUUGAAAAAAUUGAAAUUGAUUGCGCCAUUCCUUUCUUCGAUCCAAAAGUAUAUCUAAAUAUAACAAGUAAUGACAAUUCCUACUUAUUAUCUCUUUAUAAGAAUUACAUAAAAGAUGCUCUGACGUUAUUACCCAUGAAAGACGCAGCGAAGAGAAGAAAAUUCUUAGAUGAUGUUAUACAAAUAGAAACCGAUGUUGCAACGGCUAUUAAAAACACUGAAGAUCCUCCUAAUCCUACUAUAUCGUCAGAAAAUACUUUGUUGCUGAAAGAUUUGUGGAGAACUAUAAUAGGGGACGCAAUUCAAGAAGUGGAAGUACAAUCAGUUUGCAAGUACAACUUGGACAGCAUUCUUUCUACUUUGAAUAACGCAGAUCCAGAAAAAGUUACCAGUUAUGUGACUUGGAGGAUGCUAUCGCAACUUAUACCGUAUUUGGGAAAUGAAUACCGAAAACUUUACCUGCGCCACGUGUCCGAACUUCCUGGAAGAGGGACUGCGUUUAAAUCUUUAUGGCAAGAAUGCUCUGAUCUGAUUCGAAAUGAAUUAGGUUUGGCAGCAUUUAAAGCACUUGUGGAUGCUGAUUUCUUCAAUAUCAGACAGAUUCAAGAAACAAAAGAUGCCUUUCUAGAAGUGAAGAAGAAUUUUUUACUCACUUUUCAAUCCAUUGAGUGGGCCAGGGGAAUUAUUAAAAAACUAUUUCUUGAAAAGGUCCAAAGAAUGAAGAUAAAUCUUGGCAUACCAGAUACAAUAACACAGCCGAAUAUCCUAGAUGAUGUGUUCCGUGAUUUGGAAUUUGAAGACAAUUUUUUGCUCAGCGUUACGAACCUCAAAAAGUUCAAAACAAGAUAUUUCUUUACAAGGCUUUGGUAUGGAAAUUCCGAGAAUGCACCUAGCAAAAUUUCUCUUGAAGAGAAUCCUCUAAGUGGUACAUCCAGUUAUGAUUACAUAACAAACACAGUACGUAUUGAUAUAGGCCUAUUAUAUCCGCCUCUCUUCCUUUAUUCAGGAAAUAUUCCAAAAUACUUUCAAUUUGGAGAAUAUUCAUUAUUGGCCAGUCAAAUGACACAUGCAUUUGAUACUAUUGGCUCUUUUUAUGAUGGAAAAGGCAGAAAAUGGGGAAAAAUUUUGUGGCCUCAAAUAAUGGAAGAAAAAUACGACUUUUAUGUGCAGUGCCUUCAAAAUCAAACUGAAGUUCUGAGAAAUUCCUCUGAGGAUGAUAACAAAGAAUUAUUGAACACCAUUAUCACUGAUAUAGGAUCAUUUCUUGUAUUAUACGAUGGUCUAGUAGAUCAUUUGGAAACUUGGAAGAAUGAAAAACAUCUUCCUGGACUGGAUGUUACUAAAGAGCAACUAUACUAUGUUCGAAUAGCUCAGAGAUACUGUGAACAACGCAAAUCUUCAAUGAGGUUAAAUGAUGAAUACAAUUUGCCUGCAAGAAUCAGGGUCAAUACAGCUGUCUCAAAUACCAAAGAUUUUGGUGAAGUUUAUGGCUGUCCACCUAAGAGUACAUUAAAUCCUGAACUGAAAUGCAAUCUUCUGUAACUGUUGUGAAAAAAUAUCGAACAAAUUUAUUUCUUUUUAGAGAAAAGGUUCGCAUUAAAUGUCACAAACUUGCUUCAUUAUAUUAAUACAUUAAUUCCUAUUUUUAGCGU